ACUAGCCAGACUUAAAAGCCCCAAACACGUCAGUGAAAACACAUGCCAGAGGAACCUUGAGGCACUGACACGAAAACAAAAAUGGCCUGAAAGUGAGGCAAGAAGUGUUCGUAAGUGGUGAAAAUAGAGAAUUGAAGAAUGGAACACGAAAGCAAGUGAAAGGCAGCUGUGACUAACCUUGACAGGUCAGAAGAAUUGACUGGUCGAUUUAAUUUGUGAAGAGAGGUAUCAAGAGUCACAAGUUGCUGGUAACUUGCUGGACGUGAAGUGUACAGUGGGAGGAAGUAAGACAGUGACCGUGGGAAAACAUUGACGACCGUGGGAAAAAUAUCAGUGAGAGCGGAACAGCAGCGGUGGCAGUGCAAAACAGUAGUGACAGUGAUAAAAAAAAUCAUAGUAACAGUGAUAAAAACAAUAGUAAUAGUGAUAAAAGUUUAGACUGUCUAACUUACGUCUACCAUCACUAACUUACGUCUACCAUCACUGUCUAACUUACGUCUACCAUCACUGUCUGAAUUUCGUCUACCAUCACUGUCUAACUUACGUCUACCAUCACUGUCUAGCUUACGUCUACCAUCACUGCCUGAAUUUCGUCUACCAUCACUGUCUAACUCAUCACGUCUACAAUUAUGAUGAGAAUGGAGAUCAGCGAUGAGACAGAACUGCUCACCGGCAACAAAGUUAGCUGUCUGGCCAACCUGUGGCGCACGCGAACCAAGUUGGAGCAGAGGCUGCUUUUGCUGAUCACAGCUCUGAUUAUCACUCUGAUCGGCUUCCUCAUCGGGGUGAUUGUUCUGCAUGGCAAGAUGGAGGAACUGAGAGAGGAGUUGCUGCUGUGUCCAGAGGAACACGUCUCUUCUACCACCACUCUCGCCCCUGCUACCACUACUACCACCACUACCUCCACUGACACUCCUGACACCACUAUUUCUACUGACACUACUGACACCACUAUUUCUCAUGACAUCACUAUCUCCCCUGACACCACUUUCUCCCCUGACACCACUAUCUCCCCUGACACCACUUUCUCCCCUGACACCACUUUCUCCCCUGACACCACUAUCUCUCAUGAUACCACUAUCUCCCCUGACACCACUAUCUCCCAUGACACCACUAUCUCCCCUAACACCACUUUCUCCCCUGACACCACUUUCUCCCCUGACACCACUUUCUCCCCUGACACCACUUUCUCCCCUGACACCACUACCUCCUCUAACAUUACAACCACCACUGCCUCCGCCGAUCCCAGCACAACUACGACAGCAGGUGGAACAACCACCACUGCCUCCGCCGAUCCCAGCACAACUACGACAGCAGGUGGAACAACCACCACUGCCUGCCGCGAUCCCAGCACGACAACUACGACAGCAGGUGGAACAACCACCACUGCCUCCGCCGAUCCCAGCACGACAACUACGACAGCAGGUGGAACAACCACCACUGCCUCCGCCGAUCCCAGCACGACAACUACGACAGCAGUGACAGAGGAAGCAUCACCGACACAGUAA